GUAUGACUAUCAGUCAGGAGUACAAGCUGGAACAAGGAAGAUACUGUACAGUAGGAGUUACUCCCUGUCACGAGCCUAGAUCCUGCCAUACUGGAUUGUGAAAAGGGAAGAACUGGUUCAACACUUACAUACAGAACAUUUUUUACAUUUUAGUCAUUUAGCAGACGCUCUUAUCCAGAGCGACUUACAGUAGUGAAUGCAUACAUUUUUUGUUGUUGUUGCUUUUUUCCGUACUAGCACUCCUUUCAACUUGUUGUCAUGCUAAACAUGACAACUUAAACAGAAGCAGCGGCAUCCAGGUUAUUCAGUAAUACAAAAGACAGGUCAGCAUGAUGUACUUCUGUUUCCUUGCCUAAUAUUUCCUGGUUCGACCCCGUAGGAAUCUAACCUGGAUGCCGCUGCUUCUGUUUUAGUUGUCAUGUUUAGCAUGACAACAAGUUGAAAGGAGUGCUACAACGGAAUCACUGGCACCCUGCAUUGUAAAAUCUAAAUAGCUCUGCAGAUGUGAUGGAAACAUGGCAUAUCCUGGUCUGGCGUAUUUGUCUGAUCCUGGCCCUCUUGCCGCACCUGCACCAGUGCCUGUCAGUGCAUUUCCAGAACAAGGGUCUCCUUUAUGUGGCUCUGGGGAGAGACCUGGUCCUGCAGACCCAGUUCCAGAUUACACCAACCGAGAAGAUCGUCAUGGUGAUUUGGGACUACGAGACUGAGAAGGGUCAGGGACAGGUCAGGCUGGCCAAUCACCAAACUGCACUUGGCAAUCCUUUAGACCAGAAGGGGGCCUUAUUUAGGGUGGAGAAUAUAAAUUCAUCUAACUAUGGAGUCUACAUCAUCACUGUGACUGACCAGAUGGGGAAUGAGGAAUCAGCAAAGAUACUUGUUAGAGAGAGUGUUGCUGCUCCUGUGGCGUCUCUGUCCCUCCAGUGUGAGGUGGCCAAUGACAGGGCACAGUGGGACAGCCCAGUGGUUUCCUGGUUGGUGGAUGGGAUAGAGGUCUCCAAUCAGACAGCCAAUCUCUCUGCAGAUGGCAGGAACCUCUACGUCUCUGGAAUGAAGGGCCACAACUACACCUGUGUGGUCAACAGCAGUCUGGGGACUAGUGUUACAAACUACAUCACUGAUUCUCCUACACCAUCCCAAAGUAAGCAAUCCUGUGAGACCUGGUGUGUUGUAAUAUUGGCCACCAUAUUGGCCACCGUCGUCAUCAUCAUCCUAGUGAUUCUAACAAAAUGUGGAUGUCUCUCCUGGAGAUGCAAACAGCGGAGGACGAACGGGAUUAUAUGACCUUAGGAGGUCCCUCGCAUUCCAUUAUCAGUCUUAUGGUACUUUGUUACACACUGCACGAUCACACAAGUCUUUGGCACAGAUGGGCACCUGUGGAUGUAUGAGGAGCACCUGUAUGAUAUGAGGAGUUUAAUGUAAUAUUCUAUUGCAGCAAGUCACACUACCAGACACCUAAGAUCAUUCCUAUUAAGAGCUGUAGCCCUAUUCCGCAUAAAUAAAAUAUAUUGAUAUGCUUUUUAUCAAAUUAUAUUGUAUUGGUCAUAUACAAAUGUUUAGCAGAUGUUAUUGUGGGUAUAGUGAAAUGCUUGUUAUUGGUGUAUUUAUAUGCUGAUUUGUGGUAUUUAUUGAUGCAGUGUCCACACGUAUAUUUUGACUUAUUAUAUAUUUUUGUUAAGUACUGUAUGCCAUCACAUUUACAACUUAAACCUACUUUUGUGAUGCCUAUGUAUGAUAGAAAGCAAAUGGAAAAAAUGCACACUUUGCUACACUUCCAUAGGAGACAGUGAAGAGACAAACUCAGCAAAAAAAUAAACCUCCUCUCACUGUCAA